AACCACAAACUCUCACCGCUUCACCAACUCUCUCCUCUCCCGGAAAAACCCAUCUCCGUCGUCUCCACCAUACAACUUCCGAUCAAGAUUCAAAUACUCAAUGGCUUUAAUCAUCUCACUCCCCAUAGGAACACCACCACAAGCUCAACAAAUGGUUCUUGAUACUGGAAGCCAACUUUCUUGGAUUCAAUGUCAUCGUAAAAAGCUUCCUCCAAAACCUAAAACAUCAUUUGAUCCAUCUCUUUCUUCUUCUUUCUCUACUUUACCUUGCUCUCAUCCUCUUUGUAAACCUAGAAUUCCCGAUUUUACCCUUCCUACUUCUUGUGACUCGAACCGGUUAUGUCAUUACUCUUACUUCUACGCUGAUGGAACUUUCGCUGAGGGUAAUCUCGUCAAAGAAAAAAUCACUUUCUCAAAUACCGAAAUUACCCCUCCUUUGAUUCUUGGUUGCGCUACUGAGUCUUCUGAUGAUAGGGGUAUUUUGGGAAUGAAUCGUGGUCGUCUCUCUUUUGUUUCUCAAGCUAAGAUUUCGAAGUUCUCUUAUUGUAUCCCUCCUAAAUCAAACCGGCCCGGUUUUACACCAACCGGUUCGUUUUACCUCGGAGAUAACCCGAAUUCUAAAGGAUUCAAAUACGUUUCUUUGUUGACUUUUCCUGAAAGUCAACGAAUGCCGAAUCUUGAUCCUCUGGCUUACACUGUACCGAUGAUUGGCAUUAGAUUUGGUUUAAAGAAGCUUAACAUUUCCGGUUCGGUUUUUAGACCAGAUGCAGGUGGGUCGGGUCAAACAAUGGUUGAUUCAGGAUCCGAGUUUACUCAUUUAGUAGACGCAGCUUAUGAUAAAGUGAGAGAAGAGAUAGUGACACGUGUAGGACGAAGAUUAAAGAAAGGUUACGUGUACGGUGGAACAGCUGACAUGUGUUUCGAUGGAAACGUGGCAAUGAUCCAACGGUUGAUAGGAGAUCUUGUGUUUCAGUUCACUAGAGGAGUUGAGAUACUUGUUCCUAAAGAGAGGGUUUUGGUCAACGUAGGAGGUGGGAUUCACUGUGUUGGAAUCGGACGGUCGAGUAUGCUUGGAGCAGCUAGUAAUAUAAUCGGGAACGUUCAUCAACAAAAUCUUUGGGUUGAGUUUGAUGUGACCAAUAGAAGAGUUGGUUUCGCUAGAGCUGAUUGUAGCAGAGUACUGUGAGGAAAUGGGUUAUGAUCAGCUACGGUUACGAGCAGGGUCUUAUGGUGGACUCGGUACAUAGUUAAUAUCAGUUUUGAAUGAGGCUCUGAACAAUAUGUCCUACAAAAUAAUUAAAAGUGUUCACG